CGCAGAGGCUCUAGUCCCGCCCCCGGCGCUCAGCCUCUGGCCUUUGGGUACCCAGGCGGGGCGACACUCCCCCCAUAUCGGCACCUGCGGUGAAUUGUGUAGCGGUCUCGUCCUUCCACAACGCUGGGUCUGAGAGCCAGCCAUGACUACCAAAGAUUAUCCAUCAUUGUGGGGUUUUGGAACAACAAAAACAUUUAAAAUUCCCGUUGAACAUUUGGAUUUCAAGUAUAUUGAAAAAUGUUCAGAUGUUAAACACUUGGAAAAAAUUCUUUGUGUGCUCAGGUCUGGUGAGGAAGGAUAUUAUCCUGAACUUACGGAAUUUUGUGAAAAGCGCCUUAAAGGCUUGGCUCCUGAAAGUAGAGCUUUGAGGAAAGAUAAGCCUGCAGCAACAGCAUCCAGCUUUACAGCAGAAGAAUGGGAAAAAAUUGACGGUGAUAUAAAGAGUUGGGUAUCAGAAAUUAAAAAUGAAGAAAAUAAAAUAUACUUUCAUGAAACUGAAACAUUUCCAGUGGUGGAAGAUAAUUUGCCUCCAGUUCGUGGUUCAAACAGCCGUCUUCAUGUUAGUAAGGAAAAAUAUUCUAAUAGUAGACCAACUAAAAGGAAAAUCCCAAGGGAUUAUGCAGAAUGGGAUAAAUUUGACGUGGAAAAAGAAUGUUCAAAAAUUGACGAAGAUUACAAAGAAAAAGCCGUAGUAAACAACAAGUCACAUUUGUCUAAAAUUGAGACAAGAAUAGACACAGCAGGUCUAACUGAGAAAGAAAAGACUUCCCUUGCUACUCGUGAAAAGGAAAAAGGAAAUGAAGCUUUCAACUCAGGAGAUUAUGAGGAGGCUGUGAUGUAUUAUACUAGGAGUAUAUCAGUGCUUCCCAAUGUAGUGGCCUAUAACAAUCGCGCUCAAGCAGAACUCAAGCUACAGAACUGGAACAGUGCUUUUCAGGAUUGUGAAAAGGUGUUGGAGUUAGAACCUGGAAACUUAAAGGCUCUUCUACGCCGUGCCACUACAUAUAAACAUCAAAACAAGCUCCAGGAAGCUAUAGAAGAUUUGAAUAAAGUACUGAAUGUUGAACCUGAUAAUGAGUUGGCCAAAAAGACCUUGUUGGAGGUUGAAAGAGAUCUGAAAAAUUCUAAACGUGCACCUAAGACUGAAACCAAAGGGAAGAGAAUGAUAAUCCAGGAAGUAGAAAACUCAGAGGAUGAAGGUGGAAAGGACAGCAGAAGAAAACAUGAAGACAACAGCGGAGAUAAGAAGGGCGCGGAGCCGGCGGGAGCCAGGAGCGCCGCGGAGCCGUGCGCCAUGGGCAACAUCCAGAAGAAGCUGACCGGCAAGAGCGAGGGUGGAAAGCGGUCGGAGAGGGGCGCGCCGCGGCGGGGUCGGUCGCCAGGGGCCGGCGCGGACAAGCGGGGCCGACCGCGUGCUUCGGCGGCGGCGGCGGAGGGCGGCGCCAGCCGGCACCCUGGUGGCGGGCGGGGCGCGGGAGACCCCACCGCCGCGCCCCCGUCCCCCGCCGCCCCUCUCGGCCCCGCCGGCCUGAAGAGCCAGGGCAACGAGCUGUUCAGAAGCGGGCAGUUCCCCGAGGCGACCCUCAAGUACUCGGCGGCGAUCGCGCAGCUGGAGCCUGCAGGAAGUGGAAGCGCAGAUGAUCUAAGUAUCUUAUAUUCAAAUAGAGCAGCGUGUUACCUAAAAGAAGGAAACUGCAGCGGCUGCAUUCAAGAUUGUACCAGGGCUCUGGAACUUCAUCCAUUCUCCAUCAAACCUCUUCUUCGACGAGCAAUGGCCUAUGAAACUUUAGAGCAGUAUCAGAAAGCUUAUGUGGAUUAUAAAACGGUGUUGCAAAUGGACUGCACAAUCCAGCUAGCGAAUGACAGUAUUAACAGGAUAACAAGAAUUUUAAUGAAUCUGGAUGGACCAAGCUGGCGGGAGAAGCUGUCACCCAUUCCUGCUGUGCCCACUUCCACGCAUUUACGAGCUUGGCAGCCUGCCACAGAGACACCCCCAGACCAAGUGGGAGACUCCUGUAGCCAUUCCCAGCCUGGCAUCACAGAUGAAAAAAUGUUUAAAACCCUUAAAGAAGAAGGAAAUCAAUGUGUAAAGGACAAAAAGUAUAAAGAUGCCCUUAGUAAAUACAUUGAAUGCUUAAAGAUUAACAACAAGGAAUGUGCCAUUUAUACAAACAGAGCUCUGUGUUACUUGAAGCUGUGCCAAUUUGAAGAGGCAAAGCAGGAUUGUGAUCGGGCACUUGAGAUAGAUAACAGGAAUGUAAAAGCGUGCUACAGACGAGCUCUGGCUCAUAAAGGACUCAAGGAUUAUCAGAAAAGUUUAAACGAUCUCAAUCAAGUUCUUCUGCUGGAUUCAAGUAUUAUUGAGGCAAAGAUGGAAGUGGAAGAGGUAACCAGACUCCUUAAGGAUAAUGCAUCAUUCAACAAAGAAAAAGAGAGAAGGAAAAUUGAAAUUCAAGAGGUGAACGAAGGCCAUAAAGAAGAGCCUGAAAGGACCUCUGAGGAGGUGUCCAAUGACUGCUUUGCCACCAGGAAGGAGGACACAACCAAUGGGCCACCAGCAUACUGUGAAACACUCCCGAUCGCCAGGCCUACCAAUGCCUAUGAAUUUGGUCAGGUUAUAAAUGCCAUCAGCACGAGGAACGAUAAAGAGGCCUGUGCACACCUUUUAGCCGGCACUGAACCGAAAGAUUUGCCAGUGUUGUUGAGUAACAAACUUGAAGGGGAUACAUUCCUCCUCCUCAUUCAGUCUCUGAAAAAUAAUCUUAUUGGGAAAGAUCCUUCUUUGGUGUAUCAGCAUCUUUUCUAUCUAAGUAAAGCAGAAAGGUUCAAGAUGAUGUUGACACUAAUUAGCAAGGGCCAAAAGGAGCAAAUUGAACAGCUCUUUGAUGACCUCUCAGACACACCAAACAAACAUUAUACUUUAGAAGAUGUACAGGCCCUAAGAAGGAAGUAUGAGCUUUAAAUCAAGGCUAUUGUUAGAUUUCUUCCAUGCAUGUAUGAGUUCCAGUAGUGCUAAUGGGAUGGUAUUGUAAUAGCGUUGCAUGGAUAAAACCUGGUUUCGAAAAGAUCCUUUGGUUUGGACUGUAAAAUAUUUUAUGUAUUUUUAUAUAGAGAACAUGUAUAUUCUACGAUAUGCUUUUAUUAGUUGUAAAUAUUUUCCUACGUACCAGAGCUAACAUCUUUAUAUUUAAUAAUAAGUAUAUUUGGAACUUGUUCAAGUACGUUUUAAUUUACAUUCUAAAUUUUCUUUUAAUAACUCGUUAAAAAUUUGAGUUCCAUUCUUUUGGGCCAUAAAGGAUUCCUCUUAAGUUUGAUAGAAGUGUAUUUCUUUAAAAGUGAAAAUCAUUAACAGUGAUUAUUAUAUCACCUUUAUUUCCUGCUAUGAUAUAUAUAUAAAUACUAUUUUAUACUACUUCUGGAUUACAAUCCACUAAGGUGAAAUGUAACACUUAAAUCUUACAAUACGAAAUGAUUAUUAAAUAAAUUAUUAACUUAGAGCUACAAGAGAACUUCUUUUCUUACGUGGAAACAUUGCCUAAUAAUUAAAGAACAAAAAUUGGCAAAAAUUUCUACUACUUACUACUUUUUACUAGAUUUUAAAGUGCGGUUUCCCAAACAACUGUAUAAAAGCAGACUAAGCCUGCAUUGUCCCCUCCACAUUUUCCCCAACGUUUAGAUGUUGUCUUCACCCUUUUUUCCCGCCCCCUCCCCCCAAUUUAUUCCCUCAACGGAAAAGUGAAGUCUUAUUAAAAUCUCCUUUGUUAACUGGGUCAAAGUAAAGGUAUUUCUUACAAUAAAACAUUCAGGUCUCUAUCAAUGUACUGUCAUUUAUUGCUAUAGUUUUUAUCAAGUUCUUUUUCUGGAGCAUUCUGUCUUGAGAAGUGAGUAUCACAGGUGAGUAUCACUUUCAUUAUUUGCAUAUUCUUUAAUCUUUUGGAAUUAAUAGAAUUUUAAAAAAUCAUUGGGGGUAAAUGGUAUCUUUCAAACUGACAUUUUUCUUUUUAACUCUUUGUUCAUUAAUGAAAAGCUGAUUCUCCUUUUUUAAUGUUAGUAAACUUUACAGUAGAGACAUAAAAAGGAAACUCUUUUGUUGACAGUUACGUACCCAGCACCUAGCUGCACGGGGCUGUCUGGCAGUGGUCACCUCUCCUUCAGAGGAGGUGGAAAGCUGUGAGUGCCCCGCGGUGCCAGUUGUGUGGGUCAUGGCUGGAGAAACCCGUUUCUGUCCAGUGACAGCCAGGGUACUGAAGUGGGAACUUCAUGACUGAGGGGAGGGAGGACAAGGUGAAGGAACUGUAGAUAGGAAUAUCAAAGAGCAUUAAAAGAAUGCAGUUCCUCAAGACUUCAGCAGGAAGUCUGCCCAUAUGCCUCUGGGAGUAUCCCACUCAAAGACCUCCCCACCAGAUUGCCCCACUGGGUCCACAAGCCUCCCCAAAGCCCUGAGUUAAAUUCACGCCACCUCUCACUAUGUGCUGGAUCCCCGUGCGUGCUCCUGAGCGGGGCAGUGAGAGCAGGCCCUGUGAUGAGAGUUUUCUCAGAAAAAUGGACCAAGAGUCUGUGGGCAAGGGAGAAAUCACACACUAGAGCUGUGGAGCUAUAGCACCACCUUCUGGAAAACAAAAGGUUCCAGCAGCUAGACUUGAGUUACAAGAAAAGAUGGAAAAGUUUAAGAAUUCUGCCACUAGAGGGAGCAAGAAGAGUGGAGCAGGUUCACCCAUUCAAAGGCUGAGGACACCUCUGACGUAGUGACACCAGUGAUAGUACCUCAUCUGCCGGCAACCAGUGAAGACUCGGGAGGCGUCUGUUACUUCAAAUGUGAAAAUAGCCAUGCAAACGUACAAGGAACAUGAAAAAAUAUUUCACCCUCCAAAAGACACCAAUAAUUCAAUGACUACACACAAAGACAUAGGAUGUUGCAGAUCUAGCUGAUAAAGAAUUCAGGAUAGCUGUUUUGAAGAACACGACAAGCUACAAGAAAACUCAAUGAUAUUAGGAAGGAAAACAUGAAAUCAACAGAGAGAAAUUACAAAAAAGAACCAAAUUCUGGAGUUGAAGAAUUGAGUGAAUGAGAUGAAGACUACUAUAGCAAGCCUCUGUAGAAUAGAGUAAUUGGAAGACAGAAUAAAUGACUUAGAGAAUACAAAUUCUCAAAUGAUGCAGAAGACCAAAGGGAGAAGGGGGGCAGAAAAUGUAGUUUGAAAAAUAAUUGAAAAUUCCUCAAACCUGGGGGAAAGGACUUGAACAUCCAAAGUCACAGGGCUCACAUAGAUCACCGUAGUAUCUUAAUGUGGAAACACCUCCCAGACAUCAUACAAGGAAACCACCAAAAAUCAAUCCUAAAGACGGCUGGGGGAGUGUAACUUACAAAGGAAGCCCCAUUAGGCUGUCCACGUAUUUCUCAGUGGCAAAACCCUAGAAUGACCUUCAAAGUCUCAAAAGAUAAAAACUUUCAGCCAGAGUUACACUUCAGCGAUGAAGGAGAAAGACUUGCCCAAUAGCCAAAGCUGAAAAAAUUUAUCACCACUAGGUCUACCCUGCAGAAAUGCUGAGAGGAGUUCCUCAAGCUGAAAUAAAAAGAUGCUAAUCAGUGACAUAAAACCAUCUUUACACUGGUAAAGGUGAAAAAUACUCAAAUUUAGAAAACUCUAAUUCUAUAAAAUGGCAUAUUAGCCACAACUAUAGUAUACCAUCUUAAAGAAUUAGAAUUUUCUGAAUUUGAGUACGUUUCACCUUUUCCUUUAGGAAAAGAGUAUUAAAAAUAACUUGCUACUAUAAUUUGCUGACAGUACACAAUAUAAAAAGAAAUCUGAUGUCAGAAAAUAUAUAUAAGAGUAAAAGAUGAAUAGACCCUUUAUAGACAAAUGAAGAUAAGUUCCUAUCAGCAUAAAAUGGACUCUUCCAUGUAUGAAAUGUUUUAUGUAAACGUCAUGUUAAAAAAUUUAGAUUCACAAAAGAUAAAGGAGAAACCAUAUAUACUACUGUGGAAAAUCAAUUUACAGAGUUGAAACAGAAGGAGAGGGGAACAGAAGGGAGGAAAGAACUGGGGAAAAGGAAUGAUGGAAAUAUAGAACAGGAAGGCAACCAGGAAGAUGGCAGUUGUAAAUCCCUACAUAUCAAUAAUUACUCAAUGUAAAUUGAAUUCACCAAUAAAAAGGCACAGAAUGGCUGGAUUAAAAAAAAAAAGACAACUAUAUGCUCUGUACAAGAGACUCACUUCAGCUUUAACACACAUAGGUUUAAAGUGAAGGGAUGGAAGAAAAUACUACUUGCAAGUGAAAACCAAAAGAGCAGGGAUUACUGUACUUGCCCUUAGACCAAACAAACUAAGCCAAGAGUGGUAAGAGACAAAGAAGGUCAUUAUAUAAUAAAGGGGGUCACUACAGUCAGAUGAUACAAUAAUCGUAAACUGUAUGCACUCAACAUUGGAGCACCUAAAUAUAUGAAGCAAAUACUAACAAAUCUGAAUGGAGAUGUGGAGAAUAGAAUAAUAGUAGAGGACUUUAAUACUUCACUUAGAGCAAUGGGUAAAUCAUCCAGACAAAAUCAACAAGGAAAUGUUAGAAUUACAUCAUACUUUGGACCAAAUGGACCUAAUGGUCAUAUAGAACUUUCCAUCCAAUAGCAACAGAAUAUAUUCUUCCCAAGUACACAACGAACAUUCUCCAGGAUAGAUUAUAUGAUAGGACACAAAACAAGUCUUAGCAAAUUUAAGAAGAUUGAAAUCUAUCUUCUGACCACAAUGGUACGCAACUACAAGUCAACAAAAGGAAAGCUGGAAAAUCUGUAAAUAGUGGAAACAACACAAUUCUGAACGAGUGGGGUCAAAGAAGAAAUUAAAAGGGAAAUAAAAUUUAUCAACUGAAAAUGGAAACAGCAAACCUGUGCAAAAGCAGUUCUGAGAGGGAAGUUUAGAAUGAUAAAUGCUUAUGUUAAGAAGUUAGAUCUCAAACAGCCUCACAUUACACCUAAAGAGCUAUAAAAAGAACAAACAGCUCAAAGCUAGAGGAAGGAAGGAAAUAAAGAUCAGAAACGAGACAAGAAAAAAAUACAAAACAAGAACAAAACAUUUUUCAAAAAGAUAAAUUGACAGACUAUUAGCUAGACUAAGAAAAAAAAGGCAAAAUCAGAAAUGAAAGAAGAGACAUUACAGAAAUACAUUGGAUCGUAAGAGUCUACCAUGAACAGUUGCAUGCCAACAAAAUAAGUAAUUGAAGAAAUGGAUGAGUUCCUAGAAACACAGAAUUCACCAAGACUGAAUCAGAAAGAAACAAAAUCUGAACAGAUUAAUAAUAAGAGAUUGAAUUAGUAAUCAAAAGCCUCCUAACAGAAAAUUCCAGGAUCAACUGGCUUCAUUGGCAAACUCUACCAAACGUGAAGAAGACUUAACAAUCCUCAAACUCUUCCAAAAAAUUGAAGAGGAGGGAAUACUUCUAGGCCAAUUCUGUGAGGCCAGCAUUACCCUGAUAUCAAAGCCAGAUAAGGACCUACAAGAAAACUAAAGACCCGUAUCUCUGAUGACUGUAGAUCUGCAAAUUCUCCACAAAAUAUGCUAACCAAAUUCAAGAACACAUUAAAAGGAUUGUAUACCAUGACUAUGUAGGAUUUAUCCCUGGGAUCAAGCGUGGUUCAACAUGGGCAAAUCAGUUUCAUAUACCACCAUUUAAUAGAAUGAAAGAUAGAAAUCACACAGUCACCUGAACAGAUGCAGGAAAAGCAUUUGACAAAAUAUCCUUUCAUUUUAAGAACUCUACAGACUGGAAACAGAAGGAACAUACACAAUAAAGGCCAUACAUGACAAGCCCACACCUAACUUGCUCAGCAGUGAGAAAUCAAAAGCUUUCCUCUAAGAUUAGGAACAAGACAAAGAUGCCCACUCUCACCACUCCUAAUACAAGUGUUGGGAACCCUAGCUAAAAGAAUUAGGCAAGACA